AUGCCGGCAUGCGCCUACCGUCCCCCUAUCCAAGUUGCGGUGAUAGGUGGAGGUAUUGGAGGGCUCUGCACUGCAUUGUCCCUUAACUACCAUUGCGGCAACGCACUUGAGAUUGACAUCUAUGAGCAGGCACCACAGUACAAAGAAAUUGGUGCUGGAGUUGGUAUUGGAGUGAACGCCGCGAAGUUGCUUCACAAAAUAGGCCUUGGUGAGAGGGUGACAAAAAUAGCUGGGAAACGCAGCGGCAUUUGGAUCACCUUUCGAAAAUUUGACGACGGAAGUGAUGUCGUCACGGUACCAUCUGUUGAUACUGAUCAGAUCAAGCAGCUGCCAGUGCAUCGGGCAGAGUUUCUUGACUUGUUGGUGGAUACUGUCAAAGAGAGGAAUGCGGCCACUCUCCAUACUAACAAGCGGUGUCGAAGGCUUACGGAGGAAGGUGAUCAUGUCCAUAUCGAAUUUGAGAAUGGAACGACUGCCAAGGCGAAUUUGGUCAUUGGGUGUGACGGCAUACACUCAGCCGUGCGAGGUCAGUUCACAAGCGACAACCCUGAGUACAGUGGAAGGAUCGCAUAUCGUGGACUUGUGCCGAUCUCUGAAAUUGAGCACUGGUGGGGUUUCGAGACAUAUUCGGUAACAUGGCUGGGGAAAAAUAGGCACUUCCUGUGCUUUCCCAUCUCACAGAACAAGACACUGAAUAUUGUUGCAUUUGUAGCGGAGAAGGAAGAGAAUUUGGGCGACUUGAAGGAAAGUUGGACGGCGAUUGGGAAAAAGGCAGAAGUUCUGGAGGCGUUCAAAGAGUUCGAGGGAAAGGUCCAGAGACUGAUUCAGCUGAUGCCUGAUCAACCGUCCAAAUGGCUAAUAAAUGACCGGAAACCGCUGGAUCAAUGGGUGUAUCUUGGCGCAGGUGCAGGUCAAGCAAUUGAGGAUGGGUAUAUCCUCGGCCGUGCGCUUCAAGAGUACCUCCAAGCUUCGUCGUCCGUCCAAGAGAACUCUCUUCAGCCCUGGGCGUCCUUAUAUCAGGAGGUACGGCUUCCUCGGGCCCAAAAGGUCCAGCGCACAUCGCGAGAUGCAGUCGAAGUGUACCAGGCACAAGCAGACAUUAUGAAGGACCUGCCUUUCGACCAAUGUGUGCCGGAGAUUCAUAAGCGGGUCAUUAAUAGAAUGAAAUGGGUCUGGACAGACGACAUUGACGCGGAGUAUGAACAAGCAAAGCGAAACCGAAACGAUUUGAAGUAG